AUGUCGGUCCCCAUACCGACCUCAACUCCCUCACCAAGUCCUUUUGAUGAAGCCCUACAAAAAUUCCAAAGCCGAUUAUCUGCUGAGCAGAAGCAGCAAUUCGGAUCAACCAGCAGAAAGGAUGUAGAGAUAUUAGCCGUAAAGCUCCAAGAAGAGCAGAAAAGCCGCAAAUCCCAUCGGGCACUUGGAUUAUUAAGGCCUUUUAUCGACGGCCUUUCAGGAUAUGCUAAGAUAAUCGAAGUCUUCGCCCAAACAAGCGAGAUACUAUGUUUUGUCUGGGGGCCUCUCAAGUUUCUAUUACAGAUUGGCACACAAUGGCAGAAAGCUAUUGAUACACUGUUGGAUGCUCUUUCAGCGAUAGGCGAGAAGCUCUUGUUGUUUGAGAAGUGCACUGGUUUAAUUUUGAAGGACUCUCGUUUCAGGGUAAUACUUGUUAGGGUCUACACGGACAUUCUGGAGGUACUUUGGACCGCAAUGAAAGUGUUUGGGAAAAAAACUCAUUCUUGUGAACAAAUUUUGCGGAUACACUCCCCAGUCUUCGACAAAAAGCUAGCUGCUGUAAUUUCAAACUUGGAAAACGACCAAAAGCUGAUUCGGGACGCAGUGGUCGUUACUAACUUUGACGAAGCAGUACAUUUUCACGCUAGUGCAGAGCAAGAGUUCAAAGAGGCUGAAAAACAUCGUUUAAUUUCAAUCUCGCGACUCGACGAGGUGAUGAGGUUCCAUGCCAAUGCAGAAACCGAAUUCAAAGAAGCUGCGAAGCACCGCCUUUACUUGACCUUGCAGAUCUUCCGCCAAGAACUUCAACCUGCAUUACUUUCCACGCCCCGACUAGAAGAUGCAAGAAAGAUAUCAAGAAGGAACCCAGAAGCUGGGGAGUGGCUUUACAACCAUCUGGAUUUCAUUAACUGGAAAACCAUAGCACCCAAUUCAGACCCUGUUCUGGCGUUGUAUGGUAUACCAGGCGCAGGAAAAACAACUCUUUCAUCGAUUGCUUUCAACAGGGUAGAAUACGACCUUACUCGUUGCCCUGACAGAUACAGCUUAGCGCACCUAGCACUGGGAUUUCAGUCUCGACAGAAUAAUGAUUGCAACACGGCCCUAAAAUCACUCCUUUACGAUCAACUGGCGAAGUACUCUGAGUAUGCUGAGACGGUUCUUGAAGUACUGGGCGGGGAAUUUGCCCAAAAGUUAGGUUCUACUGAGGUGUUGCAGGACUUAUUACAAGAGAUCUUCCAGUUUCAUCGACCAGUACUACUCUUUGUCGAUGGGGUCGACGAGCUUCCCAACGAUGCGGAAACCCGAAAAUUCCUCGGAAUACUAGAAAGUUUCCUGAAAAACUGUUCUGAUAUCAGAUUAUUCAUUAGCUGCCGCCCGGAAGAGCUUAUUCAGAAAAAGAUACGAGCAUGGGGUACCAAAGAGAUUACGUUGUCUAAUGCCCAAAACCGGCGAGACAUAACAGCUUUUACUCUAGACCCGGAAAAUAUCCGCAUUUUGGUUGAAGAUUGCGGAUAUGACGAUAAGGCUGCUGAAGGAUAUCUCAAUGCGAUAGUAGAUAAAGCGGACGGGAUGUUCUUGUAUGCAAAGUUGGUCCUGAACGAUCUCCCCGACCUAGCCCAAGGACUACAAAUAGAUAAUUUGAUAGAAGAGCUACCCGACGGCUUGGACCAAAUCAUUUCUUUGCCAUUGCUCUGUGGGUCGCUCAUAGAAAUAAUGAAUGAUGACACUGUCUGCCUCGUUCACUCUUCUCUAAGGGAGUAA